UAUUAAUUACUGCUUUUAUCUUAUAUGGAUGGAAAGAGAAAGAAAGAGAGUGAUUGAUGGUUGCGGUGAAGGUGGGACUGUUGUACGUAGAUUAGACAUAACAGUCGGUCCCAGACUCCCAAGAUUUUAAGAAAAGAUAAAACAAAAGAAAAGGAAAGAGCAAUAGGUAGUUAUCGUACGGAUAGAAAAAUUUAGUGUAGUUGGUAGCCGGUAAUAAAUUAGAAUCGGGCAGAAGGGGGAAGAGCUUAACCGUUUGUUUCAGUCCCAUCUCUUUUAACUGUCAUCAGUCCUCGCUCUAUACCUGUACGAGCAAAAGUUCACAAAAAAUUGAUCUUGCCAACUGUGUUAUUAGAAUAGAAGGAAUCCAAAGUCGUUCUUGAAUUCUGUAUCUGGGUUUCAAGAAUCAGUAACUCUAGCUUAAUUCCUUGUCCGAAAAUGGUGUAUAAGUGUAGCAAUCUUGUUGCGGCACAAGCACCACCUGUAAUAGUUCAAUCGCGUUAUCCUCGACUGCCCAAUAGGGGAAUUCCGGGCAAAGACAUGUCAAACUGCUGUCUUGAUCACCCUAUAUCCAUUAAAUUUGGUGUUAAACCAGCAAUAGCAGGUUUCGCAGCAUCAGUGAUAUUGCUAUCUCAGACAGACCUGGCUAUUGCAACAAAUAUUUCUCAUGGGAAUAUAUGCCAGCUUGCAAGUGCUACUGAUAAUAAGCUGACUCUUCCUUUGGACAAUGACGAGGGGAAUGGAAUGCUGAUGAUGAUGAGAGGCAUGACAGUGAAGAAUUUUGAUCCAGCCAGAUAUGCUGGUAGAUGGUUUGAAGUAGCUUCCCUUAAACGUGGGUUUGCUGGGCAGGGUCAAGAAGAUUGCCACUGCACUCAGGGCAUUUAUACGUUUGAUCUGGAUACACCUGCUAUCCAGGUUGAUACAUUUUGUGUUCACGGAGGACCUGCUGGUUAUAUUACAGGUAUAAGGGGAAAGGUUCAAUGCCUUUCUGAGGAAGAGAAGGAUAAAAAUGAAACUGACCUAGAAAGACAGGAGAUGAUCAAGGAGAAGUGUUACCUUCGGUUUCCCACUUUGCCAUUCAUUCCCAAGGAACCUUAUGAUGUGAUAGCAACUGAUUAUGACAAUUAUGCUUUGGUUUCUGGAGCUAAGGACAGAAGUUUCAUACAGAUAUACUCGAGGACGCCUAAUCCUGGACCAGAGUUCAUUUAUAAGUACAAAUCUAUCUUAGCAAAUUUUGGGUAUGAUCCUAGCAAAAUCAAAGAUACUCCACAAGACUGUGAGGUGAUGUCAAACAGUCAGCUAGCGGCAAUGAUGUCCAUGUCCGGGAUGCAACAAGCUCUAACAAACCAAUUUCCCGAUCUAGAACUGAAAGCCCCCGUUGCGUUCAAUCCAUUUACCAGUGUUUUUGAUACUCUGAAGAAGCUCCUUGAGCUUUAUCUCAAGCAGUGAUUGAACUUAAACCCCAAAAAGUGUCUUGUAACGUAGAGCUUCUUUAUCUGACUAACUUAUAUUGUUAAUGGCAAUCUUUCUCUUUGCUUGCAUA